AUGACGACGAAGCCGUACAAGCUUAACGCGAAUGGGCCCUUGCGGCGGCCCCCGCGCGUGGUGCAGCAGCCCGCUCCACCGCCCGCGCAGAAGCCACCGGAGCCGCCCCAGCAGGUCGUCGACGGGACAUCGCCCAACAAAAAGAAGAAAAAGAAGAAAAAGUCGAAGGGGGCGAACGGGCUAUCUCACCCUGCGGAGGAAGAGGAGGAGGACGACGAUGAAGGAGAUAUGCCCCCGCCGCUCGAACCCAUGAUGAGCCCGGCCCUGCGCACGGGCCUCUCUCCGGAGCUCGAGUCCGUUCACCUCUCUACCAGCGCCUCCCUUAACGCGUCUGCCGCGGCCACGGCAAAGCUCAGCGCGAGCGCGGCCGCGGCGCAGGCGGAGCUGCUCGCGACGGCGGACGACCUCUACCGGCGGAUGGACGCGGACCCGGAGGGCGGGAUGGGGCUGGCGGACGACGACGAGUACUGGGCGGCGCUCCCCGCGCACAUACGCAACUUUGUACGGACCACCUGUUCUCAGUCCGCGAUGACAGCCGGUGACGAGAGCGCGAUCAAGGCGCAGGCUAUGUACGCCAUCGCCCAGCAGAUGGUGCAGUCCGGGCUCAAGGCCGCACACGGCUCUCCAGAAGGCGGCGGCGGCGGCAACGGCAGCCCGACGAAAGGCGCGCCGGGAUACCCGCCGGGCGCGUACCCGAGCUCGCUCCCGUUCGAUCCCGCCAUCUUCUCCAACCCGGCCUUCAACCGCGCGGUGGAGCAGGCGGCGGCGGCGCAGGGCCUGCUCGCCGAGCACGGGCACUUGCCUCCCCAUGGUGUGUCGGGUUACUUGGACAUCAUGCUCUCGAACACAUUUGAGAUGGGUGACGAUGCUGCAGACUAUCCGGACGACGACUACUACACGGAGGACGAGGAGCUGGAGGAGGACAUGUUCGAGCACGACGUCGAAUACGACGGCACGCCUGCGCGAGGCACGGUUCCGCACCACCCCUCCGCUGGCCAUACCCACAACGGCGUGGACCGCGGCGUCCCCGGUGCGCAGCCGUCGCCGGGCGGGGGGCGGGCCAACAAGAAAAAGAAGAAAAAGAAGGGGAAGAACGGCGGCGGGACGGCGGCGGGAGGACAGACCGCGCCUCCGGCAGACGCCGCGCCGAACGCAACUCCGCCGCUUGUUCCCACGAUGCCCUCGCCUGUGACCCAAGAAUUUGUCACAAGGGAUGCUCAUCCUCAGACGAUGCCGGCGCCUGCACGACCGCCCGCGACGACCGCCAAUCCUCCCCCGAGCUCGCGCGCGGCGGGCAAACAGCCGAUGAACUAUGCCCAGACACCCGCCCCGGCCGCCAACCCGCCGCCGCCCGCCCGCACGGCCAGGGCCGCCUCCAAGGCCCCCGCGCACCCGAACGCGUAUCACAACCAUCCCCACCACCACCCGUCCCCGCCGAGCUCGAACGCAUCGGGCCACAACAAGACCCGGAACGCCCAGGCCAAUCAGAGCUCAUCCAAGGCGAACAACUCCAAGAUAUGGAACACCAACUCGGCCCAGGAGCGCGAGCGCAUCAAGGAGUUCUGGCUCGGUCUGCGCGAGGAGGAGCGCCGGGAUCUGGUCAAGGUGGAGAAGGAGGCCGUCCUGAAGAAGAUGAAGGAGCAGCAGAAGCACAGCUGUAGCUGCGCCGUGUGCGGCCGGAAGCGGAAUGCGAUAGAAGAAGAGCUCGAGGUACUGUACGAAGCUUAUUACGAUGAGCUAGAGCAGUACGCGAACUACCAGCAGCGAUACGUCUCGUCCGGCGGCACCCUCCCUCCACCACCGGGUCCGGGGCCCUUUCCGGGGAGCGUCGUGCUGGACAAGAACGGGGCUCCGGUCGAUCCGCACAAGCCCGUCAUCGCGUCGCCGCGGAAGACCACGACGGCGGUGAACGGGCGGAAGCCGGUGAAGCCGGAGAGCGAGUUCGAGGAGGAUGACCCUGACGAAGACUAUGAUGACGAGUACGAGGACGAAGAGGAGGAGGACGAGGAGGAUGAGGAGGAGGAGGAGGAUCUGGACGAGGAGGAGGAGGAGGUCAAGAGUCGGGGGCGUCGGGCAGCGGCACCGCCGCCUCGAAGUCGUCGACAACCGGAAGGGAAGGCUGGGGGAGACGGGCUGUUCAACUUCGGUAACAGCCUCACUGUCACUGGGAUAGGCAAUAUACUGACGGUCGCGGAUGACCUUCUGAAGAACGAUGGGCAGAAGUUCUUGGAGAUGAUGGAGCAGCUCGCUGAACGCCGGAUGCAGAGGGAGGAGGAGGCAGCCGCAGACAUCGAGGAUGACAGCGAGGAUGAGGACGACGAGGACGACCUUGACGAUGAGGAUGACGAGGAUGACGAAGACGACGAAGACGAUGAGGAAGAGGAGGUUAUGACCGAGCAACAGAAGAUGGAGGAGGGUAAACGCAUGUUCUCCAUCUUCGCCGCGCGCAUGUUCGAGCAGCGGGUGCUGCAGGCAUACAGGGAGAAGAUGGCGCAGGAGAAGCAGCUGCAGUUGUUGAGGGAGUUGGAGGAUGAGGACAAGGCGGCGAAGGAGAAGGACAUGAAGAAGCAGUCGCAGUCCCAGAAGAAGAAGGACAAAAAGCGUCAGCAGAAGCUUGCGAAGGAGGAGGAGCGCGCUGCUAGGGCAGCGGAGAAGGCAGCGGAAGAAGCUGCUCUGCGUGCGAAGCAAGCGGCCAUCGAGGAAGAGCAGCGCAAGAAGCGUGAGGAGGAGCGGGCGAAGCGUGAGGCGGCGCGGAAGGCAGCGGAAGAGGAGAGGCAGCGGAAGGAAGAGGAGAAGCGGAAGCGGAUUGCGGAGGAGAAGGAAAGACAGGCCGAGCAGGAGCGGAAGCGGAAGGAGAAGGAGGAGAAGGCCAAGGCGGAGCGACGCGAACGUGAGGAGAAGGAGCGUAAGGCCAAGGAGGAACGCGAGGCCAAGGAGAGGGCGGAACGGGCGGAGAAGGCGGCCGCGGCCGCGGCAGUCAAGCGGGAGAAGGAGCAGAAGGAGAAGGAGGCGAGGGAGGCGAGGGAACGACAGUUGGCGAAGGAGAAGGAGGAACGGGAGGCCAAGGAGAAGGCGGAGAAGGAGGCCAAGGAGCAGCGCGAGCGCGAGCGUGCGGCACAGCAGCAGCAGCAGCGGAAGCAGAAUGCGGCCAACCGCCAGCCUACGUCUCCUCGGGCUGUCGCCGGUCCGUCGACAUCACAGCCCCGUUCACCCACUGCCCCUGUGGCUCCCAAGAAGAUCCUCAGCAAGGCGAACUCGGCCGGUCCCAGCACUCUGAACACGCCUGUGCAGCCUCCUCGCCAUCAGCAGCCCCGCCCUGUUGUCGUCACCAACUCGACACCUCCGACGCCCAUCACCCCUCAAGUUCCCCAGCUCGCCCCGCACCCCUCGACUCCGAUCUACUCGCCUGAGGGCGUCGCGCCCUCUAGCUCCGGAAUGCCGCCGAGGAUGCCGUACACCCCACCUCCCGCGUUCGGCGCGUUUCCUAUAAGCCAGUCACUUCCUACCCUCCCUUCCCCUGGACCUUUGGGCCCGCGCAACUUCGGACCUCCAGGGCCAAUGCCGCCCUUCGGCCCCGACCCGCCGUACGCUCGCGGCGUGGUAGCGCCAGCGCCUGGCCCUCCUCCCGGCCCGAUUGCUCCUCCGUCGAAGGCACCCGGUGGACCCAUAGCGCCGAUUGGCCCCCCGCAGACACCCAUGGGUAUGGCUCCAGGAAGUGGCGCGCCUGGUCCCAGUGCGCGACGCAUGUCUGUACCGCUUCCGCAGGGUCCUGGUCCCAUCGGCCCCCCGCCCGCAUCGCGCCCGAUUCCCGCGCCGAUUGCCCGUCCUUCCGCAGAGAUGGCCAACCGAUCAGGCUCCGGUUCACCCGUCAGGCGGUCUCCCAGCCCGAAGGGCGUCCUCGGCUCGUCUGCGCUGAUCGCAGACGAUGACGAGGUGGUGGGACCCGCUCGGCGAGCUCCCCCGAGUGCGGUUGGACAGGGCUGGGGCGCUGCCCCUGGCCCGAUCGGCGCGCCUCCCAUUGGAGACGGUGUUUCUCGUGUACCAUGGAGUCCCGCUGCACCCCCAGGCUUUGGCGGCCCUCGACCGCCGCCUGGCAUGUGGGGCAACGCGACCCCGCACCCGGACUGGCAUCCUACAUCGAUUUUCCCUAAUUCUACCCCAUUCACACCCUCUCCACCUCAUCACGGCAAUUAG